ACGCAAGUUAGGUUAUGUUCGUUUUGACGUUUGAAUUGAUUCGAAGCCGCCCGGUUGCCCGAUGCAUUGAAGAGGUUCCAGGAACUGCAUCUAUAAAGAACUAGUCUUGCUGGAAACCCCGAGUGAUUUCAAUAACGCAGAGAAAUGCCGCCAAGAAAAUUAAAGGAGAGUAUAACUUUUCUAGUUAACGUCGGGAUUGCCCAUAAAGAUGCACAGAGCAAUCUACAACUCUUGGAUAACGAGAAGUUCAUCCUUAAACAUAUUAUUCAAAAAAAGAUAUUUCUACGCCCCAAGGAUGAGAUAGGAGUGAUAUUAAUGGGUUCAAAUACCAAUGAAAGCGAUAGUGCUUCAGGAUUUGACAAUGUACAAGAACUCUGUAGCAUGCAGGUUGGAAACUGGGAUUUGAUAAAAAGUAUCGAGAGACUGCAAGUUACAAAUCACAGUUGUUCAUGGAUGGAGGCAAUUUAUGCUGCAGUUGAAUAUAUCCAACGCGAAUGUGUAGAUAAAUGUGACAGAAAAAUACUCUUGCUAUCUGCUUUUAAUGAGGAAGAGGAUAUUGUUGAACAGUUUCAGGCAAAGAAUAUUGCAGAGGCAUUAAAUUCACAGGAAAUUUCACUUAUUGCAAUUGGAGAAAGAGCACUGUCUGAUGAAGAUAAAGAUUCUCGAACGGCUAGUGAAAUGUUGCUUAUGGAAGUACUAGAACAGAUUGACGGUCAGUAUCUCACUUUUGAAUAUGCUAUGUCAGAUGUACGCUUUUACAAACGACCAUCAACUAAACCGCUUCCUUGGUACUGCCCAAUGGAACUGGGUGACUUUCGCAUUCCGAUCGCUGGAAUUUCUAAAAUGCCAUCUGAAGUGAGGUUACCUGAAAUGGCACUGAUAGCUAAGACGAGUACAUCUAAUGCGCCGGAUAAGGAAGUGCCAAUUAAAAAUGUCGCACAAUGGACAGAUAACGAUAGAACCAUUCACACACAAGAGGAUAUUAUCCGUGGCUAUGUGUACGGCAGCAAGACUAUUCCUGUUUCAGAUGAAUCUAAGAAAGAGAUGACUCCCAAAAAUAACGAUAAAUGUUACAAAAUUCAUGGCUUUACUUCAAGAAAAAACAUUCCUAUGGAAUACUGGUUGUCAGAUGGCUCGUAUGUCAUUGUACCUGCUAAUGAGUCCGUAAGUGCACCAUUUUAUAGUCUGGUACAAGCCAUGGUUGAGAAAAACGUUGUUGCAAUAGUGGAGAAGGUCUAUAGAGCAAACACUGAGGCUAAUAUGGUGGCAUUAUUUCCAAGUGUCGAUGUACCCAAUGAACCAUGGUGCCUUAUUGAGAUUGGUUUGCCGUUCGAGCGAGAUUAUGGAGCAAUAGGACAGAGACCGUUGAAAUCUGUUAUGAGUCAAUUGUCGAAGGAGCAGAGUGAUGCCAUAGACGACCUAUUAACAUCCUUAGAAUUGCCUGAUGCUGCCGACGAUGACGCGACUGGCGGCAGUGAGAAAUAUUUACCUGGAUAUAUGCCAGAUCCUGGAAUGCAACACAUGUGGGAUACAUUAGCACAUCGCGCGCUUAAUCCAGAUAAACCGUUGCCGCCUAUUGCUGACGAUGUGUUAAAUCUUCUGGAACAACCCGAAUUUGUGAAAGAAAAAUGCAAACCAGCGACUGAAAGGAUCAAAAACUUAUUUUUCUUAGAGAAAAAGAAACCUCUUAAUAGAAAGCGUAAUAAAUCGCAAGAAGAGGAUAACAAACAAUUGGAUACUAACAAUGAUGCGCUUAUGAUGCAGACAGUUAAAAAAGAGGAUAGAAAUAUCGUACAAGACAAUAACGAUAAAUCGGAAAAUACCGCUUUGUUUGAUGAAUGCGAUUUCAAUUUUGAUGUUGAUAUAUAAGGAAUUGUUAACAGUAACUGUUUUGGUAAUUAUGUUGUGACUAUACUUUUUAAAAAUCAUCUUUUAUACUACGAUCAGUGAUUUAAAAAUCAGUUAAGAAUAUAUUUUUAAUAUAUACAUAUUGAAUAAAAUCGAAAUAUAUUUUAAUGAUUUCAAUAAAAUGAUUUAUUGC